AUGGGGGCCCGCGGUGCCGGGCUGUACGUGGGGCGCAGGGCGGCCGCCCUUGGGGCCGCGCUGUUGCUGGCGCUCCUGGCCGCACUGCUGGCGCUCGCCGCUCUCUACGGGCGCUGCCGGCAGGAGGAGGCACCGCCGCCGCCCUCGCCCGCCGCCACCGGCACCCCCGCCCCGCCACCGGCUCCCACCGCCGGCCCCGUCCGCCGCCUACCCCGCCACCUCCUGCCGCUCCGCUACGAGCUGGAGCUGUGGCCGCGGGUGCGGCCGGGCCAAGCCGGGCCAUUCUCCUUCAGAGGGCAGGUGAACAUCACGGUGCUGUGCCGGCAGGACACGGACGCGGCGGUGCUGCACAGCGCCGGGCUCCGGAGCCGCGGGGCCGCCGUGCGCGGGCCCCUGCCCGGGCUGGGCGCCGCCGUGGAGGUGGCGGGGCUGCGGCAGGAGGAGGAGGACGAGGUGGCGGUGCUGGAGCUGCGCGGGUGGCUGCGGGCCGGGAGCCGCUACGUCCUGCAGCUUGGCUUCCAGGGCCUCCUGGAGGAGGACCUGGUCGGGCUGUUCCUCACCCGCUACACCGACCAGGGACGGAGCAGUAUGCUCAUUGCCUCCCAAAUGGAACCAACGUAUGCCAGGAGAGUGUACCCAUGUUUUGAUGAACCUGCCAUGAAGGCCACAUUCAAUAUCAGAAUUGUCCAUGACCCAAGCUAUGUGGCUCUUUCCAACAUGCCUGCUAUUGAUGUAUCUGAAAUGAAAGAUGAAAAUGGAAGCCUAUGGACUGUUACCACAUUUAACACUUCACUGAAAAUGUCAACUUAUUUGACUGCUUUUGUGGUCUGUGAUUUUGAUUAUGUCACCAGAACGGAGCGGGGAAACAAGAUACGUAUUUGGGCUCGGAAAGAAGCAAUUGGAAAUGGGUAUCUUGACUAUGCUUUAAGUAUCAUUGGUCCAAUAUUUUCGUUUCUGGAAGAUGUACUUAACAUCAGCUACCCUCUGCCAAAGACAGAUCUGGUUGCACUGCCUGAGUUUGGAGCAGGUGGUAUGGAAAACUGGGGGCUAGUGACUUUCCAAGAAUCAUCAUUGAUGUACCUCCCAAGUGAUAAAUUCACAAGCAGAAAGGCAAUGAUUGCCUUAAUUGUGUCACAUGAGCUAGGACACCAGUGGUUUGGAAAUCUGGUUACAAUGAACUGGUGGAAUGAUCUGUGGCUUAAUGAGGGACUGGCAUCUUACUUUGAGUACCUGGGAGCUACCUUUGUUGACCCCAAGCUUUCACUGGAUAAAAUCUUUUAUGAUCAUGUUGUGCAACCUGUCUUAAGGGAAGACAGUGAAAUAGUUCGAUCACUGUCAGAGAGUGAAGACAAGAUCAAAGGAUCAUUUUCUUUAACAUCUCUGUUUGACAGCAUCACAUACAACAAGGGAGCUUCUAUAACCUGGAUGCUUUCUGGUUUCCUGACUGAAAAGUUGUUCAUCAGAGCACUUACUUCAUAUCUGAAAGAAUUUUCCUUCUCAAAUGCUAAUCAAGAUGAUCUCUGGACCCACAUCCAGAUGGUCAUAGAUGCACAGGAUAAAGUUCAGUUACCAGCAUCUGUAAAGCAAAUAAUGGAUUCCUGGACAUGCCAAAAUGGGUUUCCAGUUUUAACAUUAAAUAUAACCACUGGAACUAUCAGACAGGAACAAUUCCUUAAUAAAAAUAAUAGAAGGAGUACUGAUCCUAACAAUAACACAUGGAUUAUUCCUAUUUCUUGGAUGAGAAAUGGAUCAUCACAACCCUUAAUGUGGCUAGAUAAAAGCAGCAAAGUGUUUCCUGAAAUGCAAGUAUUGGAGUCAGAAUAUGACUGGAUCCUGCUAAAUGUAAAUUUAAGUGGAUACUACAGGGUGAACUAUGACCAAUUAAACUUGAAAAGAUUAGCACACUUGCUUGAAAAUGAUCCAAAGGCUAUUCCCGCUGUCAGCAGGUUCCAGCUGAUAGAUGAUGUUUUUGUCUUGACAAAGUUUGGAUAUGUUCAGAUUGAAACAGCACUUGAAUUAACAAAGUACCUUGCCAGAGAAGAUGAACUCUUCAUAUGGAAUAUGGUAUUGUUAAACCUAGUACCCAAGAAUUUGGAAAGUACACUGAAGAACUACGAAGUGUAUCCACUUUUAAAGAAAUACCUUUUAAAGAGAAUGUUGCCAAUAUACCAUUAUUAUGCAGGUUUUAUUCAUAAAAAUAUUGAUGCUUUGGAAGAUGACUAUUUUGCUCAAGCAUAUUUGGAAAAACUUUUUGCAACAGCGUGCUGGCUGGGCCUCCAAGAUUGUUUGGACCUGUCAUCUGAACUGUAUGCUAAGUGGAUGGACAACCCGGAUUACAAAAUUCCCUUUUUAAUUAGAGGAACAGUGUGCUGCUAUGGUGUUGCUCUGGGAAGCGCUAAAGAAUGGAACUUUGCAUGGGAAAUGUAUACCCAUACUGACUCCACAGAGGACGAUAAAGACAUCCUGCUCUCUGCCAUGAGCUGUGCCAAAGAGUCAUGGUUACUUUACAGAUACUUGCAAUAUGGACUCAGUGAUACAUUAUUUUCUUCUAACUGUACUUCAACCGUCAUCUUAAAUGUGGUGGCUAAGGAUAUUGGGCAUCGUAUGGCCUGGGAAUUUGUUACUGAAAAUUGGCCACUUUUAAGUGAAAGAUAUGGGCAGGAAUUGUUGCAUGAUGUAUUAAAAGUCAUGGGAAGAUUUGUCAAUACAGAUCUACAGAUCCAAGAGUUGCAAGUUUUUUAUAAUGCUACGCUGGAAGAGGACGAGAGAGAGGCUACUACUCUGCUACUGGAAUCUACAAAAUCUGAAAAUAUUGAAAGGAAAAAAUUACUAAUCAAAGUUGCCAGCUGGUUAGAGAAAAAUGCGGACGAUUGACUUGGAAAACAAUUUCCAGUAUAUUUUAGAGUGUGAUUCAGUAUCAUCUUAGUAUUCAUUUUAAGCUGUAAUUAAAGAUAAAGCACAUUUUUAUGAGUCUCAUGGUUGUUUUCUCAUCUGAAAAGUCAGGCUAAAAUAAUUCACAUAGAAAAGAAAGAUUCAGCAAAAGAAAGUAUAAACAUAUUUGCAUAUUAUAUCUAAAUUAAUUUCCUACUGGAUGAGAUUUAGUAGGGAUGCAUUGCUAAUGAUGAUCUAAUGUACAGAUACAGUUCUAAAUUCUUCAUUUUUUCUCAAUAUCCAAAUGAAAGGUGUGGUACAAGUUGGUGGCAAAAACACAUGAGGAAGAUGGAAAAGGUUAUAUUCCGUAUUUCUGCUGAGCACGCAGGUUUGGAGAGUGGCAACUGGGAAAUGCAGCAAGGGAAGGAGAGGUGCAUGGGAGGAAUCCAGGACAAGCUGGGAAAGCUACUUUAUUGCAAAGAGAGUUGGAAUGAAAGGAAGUUCAUUGAAAAUGAGUAUGAGGACAUGGAUGGGACUCCAGGAAAUGAACUUUAAUAGUACCUAUGAGGUCUGUGCUAUGGGAGGUAAUUGUGAAGAUGUGCGUGUACAGGGCGAUUUCCAGUGAAAAAAGCUGUGUCACUGAUAGACAGGAUGCAUCCAGUAGGCCCUGGGGGGGGAAAUACAUUUGAUGAAAAAAGACCAGCUUUUUGCCUUAAGUCCUGCUCUCUGCCUUGAGAGGGUGGAAGUCAAAAUUUACACUUGUUCUUCCUUUACUGCAUUCAUGUGUGACAGGGCAGCAUACUUCGGAGCUGGCAACAAUGCAUGCCAAGCAGUUCCCAGUAGAAACAGAGACUUAGAGCUGUUUAAGACAAGGUUCAAGGGUACCAGCCGACUUCUCCUCUGCACCUCCUGGCAUAGUUGCCCUGCUGCCCCAUUCUGCCUGCAUCUCCUUUCAAUCCUGGCACCCCAAGAAGCCUCCCAGGCAGAUGAGGAGAAAGCAGCUAGUUGUGGGACCUAGGUGGCCAAAGUGCAAGCCCCAUGUCUCCUGGCUGCAUGAUGGCAUGCAUGGAUGAGGUGGGUGGAGCAGCUUUUUGCUUCUUUCAGGGUUGUUCCAAAUCCCAGAAGGGUCAGUAUGAGGUAGGCAAAAGGAAUGGGGACUAAAAUGCCAUAAAAUGAAAGGAGAUGUGGCCUUGCCACAUUUCUGCUUUGCAGUGGCUCACAAAAUACAAAAAAUGCUGUCAUCUCUGCAUCCCCUGGCCCAAAGGUGCAGGGGGUCCUCUGGAGCCAGGUGCAAUGGAUGGAUCCAACCCCUUGGCCAAACUAAUGGUAGUUUGGUUCAGGCUCCAAAGGCAGGAAAGGUGUAGACCAUAACUUGGCUAAGAACAUCCCUAGUGUCAAGCUGUUCUCUGAUAGCCCAUGCAGGAACAGGGUGACAUGGUGGACGUUGAUGCAUUCGAGCUUGGAAACUGGAACACCCAAUAUGUGACUAACAAAAUAGCAGGUGGUUCUUCCAAGACUCAUUUGUCAAGGAACACAGGGAACUGUAGGUACAAGGAGUCUUAGAGUUACCUUUUCCAUCACCUGUAAUUUGGCUGUGAGCCAACUGCUUUAUUCCAUAAAUAUUACAGCUUAAGAGAGCCUUCUCUGACCUCUCCCUGCUAAGCAGUUUGCUGCAUGGGGUGAUCUGCCUUGGAGGUGGGACACCUCUCAGGUUGCUUCUAGAGGCCAAAACACCCUUUACCAACCGCUUUGGUAAAAUGACCAAUAUAGUGCACAACCCUGUAUUAUAGCACACUUAAGAUUUUGCAUUGGUAACUUUGAAUCAUAACUCUGUGCAGUAAAUAACAGAAUGAAACUUGCCAUUUGUUAAGUUUUACUUUUACAAUAUCUUAGUUCAAUAAAAUCACUACUGCUGGUACCUUUGGCAAUGGUUCUUUAA